ACCGCUCCCGGACUCUUUCCCCUCCUCCUUCGUCCCUCGUCCUGUCACCCUCUCAACGUCUUGGCUUCUCCAUUCCAAGACUUGGUUCACUUGUUUUUGACCUCACGAAUAUAAGGUUUAGGGACCUCUUCACUUAUCGGUCGUUUACUUUAACUGCUGCACUAGGUCUCUCCUUGCCGCAGGAUGAAGGGUUCUUUCUUGACGUUUGGUAUCGCCCUGUUGGGGCUGCACCAACCAGCGCUCGCAAAAAAAGGUGGCGGGGGUGGAGGCAGUGGAUCGAGUGGAUCGAGUGGAUCGAGUGGAUCUAGUGGAUCUAGCGGAUCGAGUGGAUCGAGUAGUGGGUCCGGAAGCGGCAGCAGUAGUAGUUCAGGAUCCAGCGGAGGAGGUUCAGGUUCACGGUGCUAUGACACGACUACAAGUUCAAUCGGGAAUGCCUCAGAUCCGUUCGAUAUCAUGUAUAAGAAUCAAUGGUUGUAUAAGUUUGUGGGGUCCUAUUAUAACGGUUCUGUGGUUAGUAUUCUUUCCCCAUUUCUUAAUUGGGAAAGAGUUUGGUGUUGACAAUGGACCACUGCUAUCACGCAGGAGAUCGAAGCGACGAUAGAUAUGGGGGACACCUCCUGCGAGGAGCAGAGGCCCAUCUUUAAGCAGAAACUUGACGCAGUCCUGAUGGUCGGCGAGGAACUCAAUUUACCGGUGGCUGAGCCGAGUAAUAAUCCGUACAUGUUUUCGAUUGUAGGCUGGGAAGAAGGGACGCGGCCUGGCGGCAUUCCAAGUUCUGAAACCAACUGGGUCUCUCCGGAUGCCCGAUUGGUAAGUGAAUAUGCCUUGAAUAGUCCCCCCGGAAGCCAGGAGAUUUAUUCACCCCUCCCAACAGAUCUACGAGUCCAUCUCCGACGUCAGAAGUCCAUACCAGUACUCCAAACACAUAGCCUGGGGAAUAACCAACCGAAAAUCCAGCAAUGGUUACUCCUUCAACGCCACCUUCGAUCAGAGUGUCCUCGUCAGUUCCCCCCCUUUCACCCGCGCAACAAUGCUAACAGACAAACACCAGCCCUGGGACGAAUCCCGCACAAUUUUCUCCAUAAGCCCCUGCAACGGUUCGCAGCCCGUCGACUUCCACAUGGAGGCGUACGAUAGGUACAAUUUCAUGUACAAGACGCCAGAAGAUGACCAAAAUCGCACGCGCGCUAAUGGCACCUUCGACGAUGCCUCCGCCACCCUCUCCAUCGCCGGCACGUUCAGCGGGAGAUUUAUGAACUGGUACAGCCGGUAUACCAGCAGCAGCUCCAGCAAUAGUCCCAAGUAUGGGACCUACACACUCAAGUUCUCCGGGAACCUCGACCGUUCGCACUCGCACGCACUGAGCACCAGCGGGCAGAGGCCGAGCUGGACGGAGGAUCAGCACUUGCUCCCCGGUGGGUCGAGGGUUUCUGCCCCGGCCGCGGCGUCCACAACGUGCAUUGGGGGAACCUCCGCUAUGAGUCGGGCUGCGGUUGGUAAAGCUGUUCCCUGGCUGGCCGGGUUGGCCUGGUUAGUAGCAGUUGGGAUGGGAAUAGUUUUGUGGUAG